UGAGAGCUUUUUUUUUUUUUAACGUGGCAGCAAAUCUUUAGUUCAUAAAAGUCAGUGAUCAAAAGCAGUUCUGUGCUCAGUGCCAGGUUAACAUGCAGCCCGCCGAGGAUAACCUUUCAGUUGUUCCGUGUUCAUUCUGGCUUCACUAGACCUUGACUGCGUUUGCGUCGGACAGCUUUAUCCAGGCUAUCAAAAGAUGUCCACAGUCUAAUCCGCGUGUUUGUUAUGAGGAUAAUCUCCAGAGGUCUUCCUAUCUACUGAGGAGGGAAGGGGUGGGGCUGUCAGGCACGAGUGGCCGCCGUGCCCGGCCGUGGAGGCAGUGGAGGCGGGGUGGUGAGCAGCGCAGUCCUCGGCGGAUGACAGGGGCAUGGAGAUGUUGCGCCGCUCCUCUGUGUUCGCGGCCGAAGUGUUUGACCGCUCGCCCACCGACAAGGAGCUGGUGUCCCAGGCCAAAGCACUGUGCAGGGACUACAUUCACUCCAGGCUGAACCGUGCCGGGAUAGGCUGGUCUAAGCCUGAACACGGACUGGCUGCAUCAGGUGGAACACUGGGGGAGAUCUCGUCGGUUCUGCUGUGGCUGGGUGAUGAGUUGGAGUACCUUCGACCCAACGUUUACCGCAAUGUAGCUCGACAGCUCAAUAUCACAGUGGCGUCAGAGAGCAUUGUGUCUGAUGCUUUCCUGGCUGUGGCUGCAGACAUUUUCUCCACAGGAGUAACAUGGGGGAAGGUGGUCUCUUUGUACGCCGUGGCAGGAGCUUUGGCCGUGGACUGCGUUCGCCACGGCCAUCCGGCUAUGGUCCAUACCAUUGUUGACUGCAUGGGGGAGUUCGUCCGCAAAAGCCUGACCACAUGGCUGAAAAGGAGAGGAGGCUGGGUGGACAUGACAAAAUGUGUGGUGAGCACUGAUCCCAGCUUUCGCUCUCACUGGCUGGUGUCUGCAGCCUGUGCCUUUGGACACUAUCUCAAGGCCACCGUGUUGUACCUCCUCAGGGAGAAGUGAGAAUCGCACACUGGACUCUGAGCAGACUGACCAGCCCUGUACGUCACCAGCACCACCAGCUCCACCACUCCACUAAAGCAUUCACUGCUUUGGGUUAUGUUUACACUCGUUUGCACUGAGCCUUCAUUGAUGAACACGUAUCCCCCUAGUGGUUGAAAAUGGUAGCUACUGUAUAUUGACACUCAAGUCAAAUUUUCCUCGGGACACUGAGGCCAUUCUUGAGGACUUGGUCUCACAAAAAUCUCAAUUUCCCACCUGGGUGGCAUAGAUGGCCCAAAAAGGCUAGUGCAUACCAGAUAAAUGCAAAAUACAACAUAUUUUGCUCUAACUAAGGGACUGUAUAGGUUAUUAGGGGGAUGGGGUUCAGAAAAAGAGGAACUUUUCUUAAGGGAAAGCAGUCUAUAUUUUCCGGGGUGGGGAGUGGGGGGGCACGGGAGUGUUUUUCAGUUUUUUUUCUCACUCCACAUUUAUGUUAUAUUUCAGUCUGCCCACGCAUUAGUACAAGAAACCAGAUAGUUAUAAUUAAUGUCUGUGUGCACAAUGAAUGUACAUUCCUAGUCAAAUAGGACUAUCACAGUCACAGCUCGCAGGAAACAUCCAUUUUUCUGGAUGUUAGUUGUUACAGUGUAAAUCUCUACCAACAGCUGCCCAUCAUCACAACAGAAAGGAAAAAAAAAUGAAAUGUGUCAAAUGGUAAUUUAAUUUCAAAUUUCUUAUUGCUGACUUAUUAUAGUAAUUGACAAAGUGAAAUGAGACAUUUUGACUGUCCUGUCAACUUAAUGGUUUAAACUGAUGUUAUAUUAUUUAUGCUUUUCCUCUUUUAGUUCUUAAUCGUGAAACAAGUUGUACCCAUUCAUGCUCUGAUAUUAUGUUUGGAUGUUAGGGGGAGAGUGUAGCCUGGGCUUUUUUCUUUUUCAGAGUCAUCUGUAGAAUUCUGCCCUCCCCGAAUCGAUUAUUUCCCAUACAGUCCUUAAUGAAUCUGACCGAUUGAUUGAACCUUCAAUAACUACAUGUAUGUAAUUUAGACAACACUAUACAUUUGAUGCACCUUUUCCCUUCUCUUCAUUGUUCACUGUAGGGCAGUGUAUUAUAUUUCUGUACUGUAAAAUAUCAUUGUAAUAAUGCAAGAUACAGUGUAUUUUCAUUGAGCACUUUGAUAACAUUUCAUUUUAUGAGUAAGAUUUAUUCCAUGAAUAAUGUCACUUUUACAAGGCGCGUAGCACUAGGAGUCCUAGAAAAUAAAGAAAUGUUUGAGUGAUGAUCUUGCACCUGUAAAUAUUAACAAUAAUAAAUGGUCUUUAGAAAUGU